AUGCAACAUCUCUCUCUCUCUCCCUCUCCCUCCCCUCUCUCCCUCCCUCUCUCCCCCUCCUCUCUCUCUCUCUCUCUCUCUCUCUCUCUCUCUCUGAGCGUCGCAUCAAGCCACCACAAAAUCUCUCUCUCUCUCUCUGUAUCUGUCUGUCUGUCUCUCUGUCUCUCUCUCGCUGUCUCUGUCUGUCUGUCUCUUUCUCUCUCUCUCUCUCUCUCUCUCACACACACACACAUAUUCCAUUAUCUAUCUAUCUAUCUAUCUAUCUAUCUAUCUAUCUAUCUAUCUAUCUAUGUCAGUCUGUUCCUAUUUAUUUAUAUCACUCUGUUCUUAUCUAUCUAUGUCAGUUUUCCUUUUCUAUCUAUCUAUCUAUCUAUCUAUCUAUCUAUCUAUCUAUAUCGAGACGCUAAAUACUUCUAUCUUGUUCUUUCUUUCUUUCUUUCUUUCUUUCUUUCUUUCUUUCUUUCUUUCUUUCUUUGA